GCCAUUUCCGGAAACUGCAAGUCAGCUGCUGGGGGGCUGGUGUUUACCUUAUUUGUAGCUUGAUGGCUAAAGUUGACAGUUAGGCUGUUAUUUGCACUGCUGGUGUUGAACGGUAGUUUUUUGUAAAUCUGUUACAGACUGUCACGUUAAAGAUGAAGUCUGUGUUUCUUCUCCAGGCUUUCUCUGUGGCUUGUUUUGUGCUUUUAAACCAAGUGACAGCGAAGAAUUCUGAAGACAUCCGUUGUAAAUGCAUCUGUCCACCGUACAGAGACAUCGAGGGUCAGAUUUACAAACAAAAUGUCUCUCUUAAAGACUGUAACUGUCUCCAUGUGGUUCAACCGAUGCCGGUUGACGGAAAGGAUGUGGAGGCGUACUGUUUACGCUGCGAGUGUAAAUAUGAAGAGAGGAGCUCGGGGACAAUUAAGGUCACCAUCAUAAUAUACCUCUCCAUUUUGGGCCUGCUGCUGCUCUACAUGGUCUACCUGACUCUCCUGGAGCCCAUGUUGAAGAGGCGUCUAUUUGGACACUCGCAGCUUAUCCAAAAUGAUGAUGAAGUUGGGGACCAGCAGCCUUUUGCCAACGCUCACAAUGUUCUGUCCCGUUCGCACUCUCGACCCAACAUGCUGAACAAAGUGGAGCAUGCCCAGCAGCGCUGGAGGAGGCAGGUCCAGGAACAGAGGAAGUCUGUGUUCGACCGUCACGUUGUUCUCAGUUAAACUGCCCUGCGAGUGAGAGUUACUGGUCGAGCAAAAAAGAAAAAACAAAAAAAAAUCACUGUGACAGAGCCCUCAAUUUAUAUCACUUCCUUUCUCUCAUUUGUGGUUUGUAUCUCCUCCAGUGUGACACUUCCCAGGUGAACACGGUGAGGAGAUGUGGAUCUGUCGAGCAGAGGUCCCUGUUAAAUGUACGAUCAAAGCUGGGAACUCUUAUUUAGUCUGCAGGCAGCACAAGAGAUCACAGUGAAUUAAUUUCUGCACAAUCUUGAAUGAACAGUCUUAAAUAGCAUUUUUCCAAAAGGAGAAUUUACUCUCUGCCUGCGGUCUGGUUUGAAGAAGCGCCAAGUCACCAGAAAAUCUGCAGUGAAGAAUUUGAUGGGCAAGACUUAAUAAAUGUGAGAUCAAAAUAAAUCUUUCAAGAGAAUAUUUUGUAACGUUCUCCAACUCUUUCUAGCCACAGUGUCAGGUGGAGUCCCGACAGUCCAAAGCUGGCAAGUCUUUCACAUUCACAAGCAUUUACUGGCUUUCAGAGUAAAACAUCCAGAUGUUGGUGAACUGGAUAACUAGAGCAGCCUCCUGGCUGCAGUCAUGAUCUGAACAUGUAGCUGGUGGGUACUUUCCACACCCAAAAAAACUAAUAUAAUUUGAAACUAUUGCUCUCACCACAGGAGAAAGGAAAAAGUGUACAAUAUAAAUCUUUCAGCCUUCUUCAAAAACGCAUGUUUUAUAACAAAUCUUUUAUAAAUGUGUUUUGAAUCCUUCAUUCCUACCAUGAUGUUUCAUGUCUGGUAACUGGUGUGAAAUCCAUCAUUUAACGCUUCACAUUUAAUUUGGUAUCGCAAAGUAGUGUCACUGAACCUCGUUGCAGGAAUCGAUGCAAUCUCUUGGUGAUGUCAUAGUAAUCGUAGCUGUGCUAUUGAUCCUCGUCUGUUGAAGACCCUCCUGAAGUCAGUGCUCUCUUCAACUGCCUAAACAAAUCGAAUGAGUAGUCUUUAUUUUGGCACUUCUAUGUGCUCGGUCUAACAUCAGUUCCACUGUGAAGGUCCUUGUUGUCUAUCAGGCAGCAUUAGUGUGGCAGUGGUUUAAUUCUGAGUGCAAGGGAGUUGAUUGUGUGUGUGUGUGUGUGUGUGUGUGUGUGUGUGUGUGUGUGUGUGUAGUUGGGCUGUGCACGGACUUAUGGAAGUGUUCUUAACUAUUGUAUAUGUUAAACCUUUAACUUUGAAAUAAAUUGAUGUAAUAUUUGUGAUUCUA